AAAAUAUCAUUAUAUUCCAUCUAGUAUCCAUUUAUGUCUCUUUAGAAGUUUGACUACAAAUGUUUGUGGCUCAUUUUGGCAUUUGACUUCAAAUGUAUGUUUGAACUUUGAGAAAUUAAUUCGAUGCUUUUUGUUUUGACUAAGAAAUUAAUUCGAUGUUAUCAUCAAUAUUCAGCAUUCAGCAGAAAUGACCAUUUCUUUUGGAAACAAAUCAUUACAUAUAAUUUGCUAUUGGCGCACUACUAUAUAUAUACCAGCUAGAUGUUCCAAUGGUAUACCAAUAAUUGUCUCAACCAAUUAUCAAAGAAAAAAACUAGAAAAUAUGAAGAAUACAUUUUCACUUGUGGUUGUAAUCAUCUUCUUUGUCAUGCUUUUUUCCGUUGCUAAUAAGGUGAAGGCAAACUCAUGCCAAGACCCUCUAGGUAGUUGUCUACAAUGUGAUGAGAGAUGCAAGGCUAAACACGGGCCAACAGGCCAAGCAAGUUGCGACAACAGAAACCAACUUUGCACGUGCUAUUACACGUGCGGACCGCCAUCACCAACUCCUCCACAUCACAAACAAUGCUACGGUGGGACUGGCUUGUGCAGCAGUGCAUGCAAUCAAAACUGUGCACAAAAGUAUCUUGGUGGAUCUGGAUUUUGUGAGAGCAUUGGCAACUCUAGACUGUGCAAAUGCCAGUAUCCUUGCUAAUUUAUUUUUAAAAAGUUAUAAAUGAAACAAAUCAAUAAAACGGAAUCAGUUUACUUUCGUA